AUGUCGGCCCACCCGCAAGGUGGCCGGAAUGGGUAUGAUGAUGGCUAUGGCCAUAAUCCCCAGGCGGACGCCUACUACCAAGACGGAUAUUACGACCAGAAUGACUAUUCCCAGCACGAUGGGUACUAUGACAACAGAGGGUAUAAUGGGGACAACUCAUACCAGCCGCAGGAUGGCUACUAUGACAAUAACCACCAGGGUUACGAGGACGAAUACUACAAUGAUCAGUACUACGAUCAAGGGGCUGCAGGCUAUCAAUAUGGCCCACAGCAGGGACGUCGCAGGGGUCAUGAUUCUGAAGAAGAUUCAGAAACUUUCAGUGAUUUCACUAUGAGAUCAGAGACUGCUCGUGCUGCGGAUAUGGACUACUAUGGCCGUGGUGACGAGCGGUACAACAGCUACAACGACAGUCAGAUGGGUGGGCGUGGAUACCGUCCUCCCUCUUCUCAGAUCUCCUAUAGUGUAAAUAGAUCUUCUGGUGCUUCCACCCCUGUCUAUGGGUAUGAUUACGGCAACGCCCUUCCUGCAGGCCAACGAUCACGAGAGCCAUAUCCCGCUUGGACUUCCGAUUCUCAAAUUCCACUCUCCAAGGAGGAGAUCGAAGACAUCUUCUUGGAUUUGGUUAACAAAUUCGGGUUCCAACGUGAUAGCAUGCGAAACAUGUAUGACCAUUUUAUGACUUUGCUUGAUUCUCGCGCUUCUCGCAUGACUCCCAACCAGGCUCUUUUGUCACUCCAUGCAGAUUAUAUCGGUGGUGACAAUGCAAACUACCGUCGUUGGUAUUUUGCCGCUCAUCUGGAUUUGGAUGAUGCGGUAGGAUUCGCCAACAUGAACCUGGGCAAGGCCAGUCGUAAAACCCGAAAAGCCCGCAAGGCCGCCAAAAAAGCUGCUGGUGGCGGGCCUCAGAACGAAGAACAGACUCUCGCUGAUCUAGAAGGGGACAACAGUCUGGAAGCUGCAGAAUACCGCUGGAAAACACGGAUGAACCGCAUGUCACAGCACGAGCGUGCCCGUCAGAUCGCUUUGUAUUUGCUUUGCUGGGGUGAAGCCAAUCAAGUCCGGUUCAUGCCUGAAGCCCUCUGCUUUAUCUUCAAGUGCGCCGAUGACUUCUACCACUCCCCUGAAUGUCAGAAUCGCGUUGAACCUGUCGAAGAAUUCACCUACCUCAAUGAAAUUAUCACCCCUCUGUAUCAGUACUGUCGUGACCAGGGAUAUGAAAUUUUCGAUGGCAAAUACGUACGGCGGGAACGUGAUCAUAACAAAAUCAUUGGCUACGAUGAUAUUAACCAGCUUUUCUGGUACCCAGAAGGAAUCGAACGGAUUGUGAUGAACGACAAAUCUCGUAUCGUGGAUAUUCCCCCCGCUGAACGAUACCAGAAACUCAAAGAUGUCAACUGGAAAAAGGUUUUUUUCAAAACUUACAAGGAAACUCGCUCAUGGUUCCAUAUGAUGGUUAACUUUAAUCGUGUUUGGGUUAUCCACGUUGGUGCUUUCUGGUUCUACACCGCCUUCAAUUCCCCGACUCUGUAUACAAGGAACUACAAACAGAGGGAAAACACUCAACCCACGGCUGCUGCGAGAUGGACUGCUUCUGGACUUGGUGGUGCUGUUGCUACCUUUAUCAUGAUCUUCGCAACAAUAUGCGAAUGGGCCUACGUUCCUCGAGCUUGGACUGGUGCGCAGCAUUUGACAAAACGCCUCAUCUUCCUUAUCGGCAUUUUCAUUAUCAACGUCGGUCCUGCUGUGUAUGUCUUUGGGGUAAACCAGGAUAACAAAAUCGCCCACAUACUCGGUAUUGUGUCGUUCUUCUUCAACUUAUUGACAUUUUUCAUGUUCUCCAUUAUGCCGCUUGGUGGACUCUUUGGUAGUUAUCUUACCAAAAAUUCUCGCAAAUAUGUCGCCAGCCAAACUUUCACUGCUAGCUAUCCUAGGCUUCAUGGAAAUGACAUGUGGAUGUCAUACGGCUUGUGGGUUUGUGUCUUUGGGGCUAAGCUUGCUGAGUCUUACUUCUUCCUCACACUCUCCUUCCGUGAUCCGAUCCGAAUCUUGUCGCAAAUGAGGAUCAGCAAGUGCGCUGGCGAUGCUCUCUUUGGGGCCUCGCGAGAUGUUCUUUGCAAACAACAGCCUAAGAUUCUGCUUGGUCUUAUGUUUUUCACCGACCUGAGUUUGUUCUUCCUUGAUACGUACAUGUGGUACAUUAUUCUGAAUGCCAUCUUCUCUGUUGCUCGCUCGUUCUAUCUCGGUGUAUCUAUCUGGACGCCCUGGAGGAAUAUUUUCUCUCGCCUACCCAAGCGUAUCUACUCUAAAGUUCUUGCUACGACCGACAUGGAAAUCAAGUAUAAACCCAAGGUCCUCAUAUCUCAGGUUUGGAACGCAAUUGUUAUUUCGAUGUAUCGGGAACACCUGCUGGCUAUCGAUCAUGUCCAGAAACUGCUCUACCACCAGGUCCCCUCAGAACAGGAAGGCAAACGGACACUGCGGGCCCCUACGUUCUUUGUCUCACAAGAAGACCAUUCCUUCAAGACCGAAUUUUUCCCAACUCAGAGCGAAGCCGAACGUCGUAUCUCCUUUUUUGCCCAAUCGCUAUCCACUCCGAUCCCCGAACCAGUGCCAGUGGACAAUAUGCCGACAUUUACCGUCCUCAUUCCUCACUACAGCGAAAAGAUUCUCCUAUCUCUGCGUGAGAUCAUUCGCGAGGAUGAGCCUUACUCCCGUGUUACGCUGCUUGAGUACCUCAAACAACUCCACCCACACGAAUGGGACUGCUUUGUCAAGGAUACGAAGAUUUUGGCAGAUGAAACAUCUCAAUUUAACGGAGAGGAGAAGAAUGAAAAGGACGCUGCGAAAAGCAAGAUUGAUGAUCUGCCUUUCUACUGCAUUGGUUUCAAAUCUGCGGCUCCCGAAUAUACUCUUCGCACUCGUAUAUGGGCUUCACUUCGUUCGCAAACCCUGUACCGUACCAUUUCUGGUUUUAUGAACUACAGCCGUGCCAUCAAGCUUCUGUAUCGUGUAGAAAAUCCUGAAGUUGUUCAAAUGUUCGGUGCAAACUCAGAAAAGCUCGAACGGGAACUGGAACGGAUGGCUCGUCGCAAGUUUAGGAUUGUGGUUUCUAUGCAAAGGUAUGCGAAAUUCAACAAGGAGGAACGUGAGAACACCGAGUUCUUGCUCAGAGCUUACCCAGAUCUUCAAAUUUCAUACCUGGAUGAAGAGCCACCUGCCAACGAGGGUGAGGAGCCGAGACUGUAUUCUGCCCUGAUCGACGGUCAUUCUGAGAUAAUGGAAAAUGGAUUGCGACGACCCAAGUUCAGAGUCCAGCUCUCUGGUAAUCCAAUUCUUGGAGAUGGGAAAUCUGACAACCAGAACCAUGCGAUUAUUUUCUACCGCGGCGAAUAUAUCCAGCUCAUCGAUGCUAACCAGGACAACUAUUUAGAGGAAUGCCUCAAGAUUCGCAGUGUUUUAGCCGAGUUCGAAGAGAUGAAUACUGACAAUGUUUCACCAUACGUUCCUGGACUCCCGCCGUCGAAAACCAACCCCGUGGCCAUUCUUGGCGCUCGUGAAUACAUAUUUUCGGAAAAUAUUGGCAUGCUUGGUGACGUUGCUGCAGGCAAGGAACAGACUUUCGGUACUCUCUUUGCCCGUACCUUGGCUCAAAUAGGUGGCAAGCUUCACUAUGGUCAUCCUGAUUUCCUCAAUGGUGUUUUCAUGACUACUCGCGGUGGUGUUUCCAAGGCACAAAAGGGUUUGCAUCUUAACGAGGAUAUCUACGCUGGAAUGAAUGCGCUUCUUCGUGGUGGUCGCAUCAAACACUGCGAAUACUAUCAAUGCGGGAAAGGUCGUGAUCUUGGCUUUGGCUCCGUGCUCAACUUUACCACUAAAAUUGGUACUGGUAUGGGAGAACAGAUGUUGUCUCGAGAGUAUUACUACCUGGGCACCCAAUUGCCGCUCGAUCGCUUCUUGUCCUUCUACUACGCACAUCCGGGUUUCCAUAUCAACAAUUUGUUCAUUAUGCUUUCGGUCCAGAUGUUCAUGAUUUGCUUGAUUAAUCUCGGCGCUUUGAAGCAUGAAACUAUUCCUUGUAUUGUUAAGAAGGGAGUUCCCAUCACCGAUCCUAUUUUGCCAACGGGUUGCGCGGACACAAUACCCAUCCAAGAGUGGGUUCAGCGCUGUACUGCUUCGAUCUGUAUCGUCUUCUUGCUCUCCUUCCUGCCGCUUGUUGUUCAGGAACUUACCGAGCGCGGAUCCUGGCGUGCCAUCACCCGUCUUGCGAAACACUUUGGAUCCCUGUCUCCUUUUUUCGAAGUGUUCGUUUGCCAAAUAUAUGCGAACUCGUUGCAUAACAAUCUGUCAUUUGGGGGUGCAAGAUAUAUCGGCACUGGACGUGGGUUUGCUACUGCUCGUAUUCCAUUUGGUGUUCUUUACUCCCGCUUCGCUGGUCCAUCGAUUUACUUUGGUUCCCGAUUGCUGAUGAUGCUGCUCUUCGGAACUCUAACUGUCUGGACUGGAUGGUUGCUUUACUUCUGGGCUUCUCUGCUUGCUCUUUGCAUCUCGCCAUUCUUGUUCAACCCUCAUCAGUUUGCCUGGAAUGAUUUCUUCAUCGACUACCGCGACUACCUCCGCUGGCUUUCUCGGGGCAACUCCCGAUCCCACGCGUCUUCCUGGAUUGCCUUUUGCCGACUCUCUCGUACUCGGAUCACGGGUUAUAAGCGGAAAGUCCUUGGCUCGCCGUCUGAGAAGUUAUCUGGUGAUGCCCCGCGGGCACAAUUCACGAAUAUCUUUUUUAGUGAGAUUGUUGGGCCCCUUGUCCUCGUUGUCGUUACUUUGAUUCCAUAUCUGUUCAUCAAUGCGCAGACUGGAGUUAAGGAAGAUGAAGCAAAGCCAACCAACUCUAUAAUUCGACUUGCAAUUAUUGCCUUCGCUCCCAUAGCUGUCAACGCAGGCUUACUUGCAGUUCUCUUCGCGAUGGCUUGCUGUAUGGGUCCUGUAUUGAGCAUGUGCUGCAAGAAAUUCGGCUCUGUACUCGCUGCUAUUGCCCAUGGUGUUGCUGUCGUGAUGCUUAUGGCCUUCUUUGAAGUCAUGUUCUUCCUUGAAGGAUGGGUGUUUGCUAAAGCACUUCUCGGGAUGAUUGCGGUUACUGCCAUCCAGCGAUUUAUCUACAAGUUAAUCAUUUCGCUUGCUUUGACUAGAGAGUUCAGACAGGAUACGUCGAACAUUGCGUGGUGGACAGGCAAAUGGUAUAGCAUGGGUUGGCAUUCGAUGUCUCAGCCCGGUCGAGAGUUUCUGUGCAAGAUUACGGAAUUGGGCAUGUUUUCUGCGGAUUUCAUUUUGGGACAUGUGCUUUUGUUUUUCAUGUUGCCGCCGCUCUGUAUCCCGUAUGUGGAUAAGGGACAUUCCGUUAUGCUGUUUUGGUUGAGGCCUAGCCGUCAAAUCCGCCCACCAAUCUACUCCAUGAAACAAUCCAAAUUGAGGAAGAGAAGAGUCAUCCGCUUCGCGAUCCUCUACUUUGUUAUGCUCGUCAUCUUCCUUGCGCUUAUCGUUGGGCCCAUCGUUGCGAGCCGCUUCCUCUCACCAUUGCCAUCUAUCCCGAUGAACCUGCUCCAGCCCACUGGAUUGAAUAAUAAUGAUACUACUUCUGAGUUGACGGGGUUGGCAUUACGGGGUGUCACUGAUGCAACGAAGACCGGUAAUGCGAGGUUGUGA